GCUCAGUGGUUUUUUUUUUUUCCCGGGAUCGCUGGCGACGCGCAGCAGCCAGGACGCACCGAGCCAGGGCGCACGAGCGAUAUGAUGGACAGAUAGCAGAGAGACAAGAAGAGGAAGAGGAAGAGAAGAUGUCGUUCUUCGGCCUGGACUGUGCCAGGAAGAAAGAGAUAGAGCUGGAGCGGAAACUCCGUGCCAACGACCGAGAAUACAACCUCUCCUUCAAAUAUGCAACCAACGCCAUCAAGACCUCCAAGUACAACCUCUUCACCUUCCUACCUCUCAACCUGUUUGAGCAGUUCCAGAGGAUCGCUAAUGCCUACUUCCUGUUCCUGCUGGUCCUGCAGGUGAUCCCACAGAUCUCCUCUCUGUCCUGGUUCACCACUGUCGUUCCUCUGGUCCUCGUGCUGACGGUCACCGCCGCCAAGGACGCCACCGACGACAUCAAUCGCCACCGGAGCGACAAUCAAGUCAACAACCGCAAAGUCCAAGUGCUUAUUGAUGGAAAGUUGCGCAGCGAGAGAUGGAUGGACGUCCAAGUGGGAGACAUCAUCAAACUGGAAAACAACCAGUUUGUUACUGCCGACCUCCUCCUGCUGUCCAGCAGCGAGCCGCUCAACCUCAUCUACAUCGAGACAGCAGAGCUGGACGGAGAGACCAACCUGAAGGUGAGACAGGCUCUGACAGUCACAGGAGACCUGGGAGACAACAUCGAAAGCCUGGCAGCCUUCAACGGCGAGGUGCGUUGUGAGCCCCCAAACAACCGCCUGGACCGCUUCACAGGAACGCUGACCUACGCCGGCCAGAAAUACUCGCUGGACAACGAGAAGAUCCUGCUGCGAGGCUGCACGCUGAGGAACACCGAGUGGUGCUUUGGCCUGGUGCUGUUUGGAGGUCCGGAGACGAAGUUGAUGCAGAACUGUGGGAAAACCACGUUCAAGAGGACGAGUAUAGACCGUCUGAUGAACGUCCUCGUCCUCUGUAUUUUUGGUUUCCUGGCGUUCAUGUGCACCAUCCUGGCCAUAGGAAACGGGAUCUGGGAGCUGAAAGAUGGCUCAAAGUUCACGGUCUAUCUGCCAAGGCAAGAGGGCACCGAUGCUGCUUUCUCCGCCUUCCUCACCUUCUGGUCCUACGUCAUCAUCCUCAACACUGUGGUUCCCAUCUCCCUCUAUGUCAGUGUGGAGAUCAUCCGGCUGGGGAACAGCUUCUACAUCGACUGGGACAGGAAGAUGUACCACGCACGCAGCGACACCCCCGCCGAGGCGCGUACCACCACGCUGAACGAGGAGCUGGGCCAAAUAAGGUACAUCUUCAGUGACAAAACGGGGACGCUCACCCAGAACAUCAUGACCUUCAACAAGUGCUCCAUCAAUGGCAAAUCCUACGGGGAUGUGUAUGACUACACUGGCCAAAGACUAGAAAUUACAGAGCGUACAGACACGGUGGACUUCUCCUUCAACCCGCUGGCCGACUCUCGCUUUGCCUUCCAUGAUCACGCCCUGGUGGAGGCGGUGAAGCUGGAAAACCCGGAGGUCCACGCCUUCUUCAGGCUGCUGGCGCUCUGUCACACCGUCAUGCCUGAGGAGAAGCAAGAGGGUGAGCUGUUCUACCAGGCGCAGUCCCCGGACGAGGGAGCGCUGGUGACGGCGGCCAGGAACUUCGGUUUUGUCUUCCGCUCGCGCACGCCGGACAGCGUCUCUAUCGUGGAGAUGGGACAGCAGCGCAGCUACGAGCUCCUGGCCAUUCUGGACUUCAACAACGUCCGCAAGAGGAUGUCGGUCAUAGUGAGGAGUCCAGAGGGGAAGCUGUCUCUCUACUGUAAAGGAGCAGAUACGAUCGUCUAUGAGAGACUGCACCAGUCCUGUAGCAAGCUGAUGGACGUCACCACAGAGCACCUUAAUGAGUUUGCAGGGGAGGGCUUGCGGACUCUGGCCCUGGCCUAUAAGGACCUGGAUGAGGAGUACUUCAGCCAGUGGAAACAGCGCCACCAUGAGGCCAGCACCGCCUUGGACGAGCGCGAGAGCAAACUGGACCAGCUGUAUGAGGAGAUAGAGAAGGACCUGCUGUUGCUAGGGGCGACAGCCAUCGAAGACAAGCUACAAGACGGAGUGCCUCACACCAUCGAGCAGCUCUCCAAAGCCGAUAUUAAAAUCUGGGUGCUGACUGGUGACAAGCAAGAAACGGCAGAAAACAUCGGCUACUCGUGCAACAUGCUGCGGGAGGAGAUGAACGACGUGUUCGUCGUGUCGGGGAACACGCCCGACGACGUCAGACAGGAGCUGAGGAACGCACGAGCCACCAUGAAGCCAGAGACGGCGGAUGAUGCGGUCGUUCUGGGUAAAGGUGUGAAAGUGAUGGCGGACGAGGUGGUGAACGGGGAGUACGGCCUCGUCAUCAACGGGCACAGUCUGGCGUACGCCCUGGAGCGCAGCAUGGAGCUGGACUUCCUGAGGACGGCCUGCAUGUGCAAGGCGGUGAUCUGCUGCAGGGUCACUCCUCUGCAAAAGGCUCAGGUGGUCGAGCUGGUCAAGAAGUACAAGAGGGCCGUCACCCUGGCCAUAGGAGACGGGGCCAACGAUGUCAGCAUGAUUAAAGCGGCCCAUAUAGGCGUCGGCAUCUCAGGUCAGGAGGGCAUGCAGGCCGUGCUGUCCAGCGACUACUCCUUCUCCCAGUUUCGUUUCCUGGAGCGCCUCCUGCUGGUGCACGGCCGCUGGUCCUACCUGCGCAUGUGCAAGUUCCUGCGCUACUUCUUCUACAAGAACUUCACCUUCACCUUCGUCCACUUCUGGUACGCCUUCUUCUGCGGCUUCUCCGCCCAGACGGUGUAUGACGAGUGGUUCAUCACACUAUACAAUUUGGUCUACACAGCACUACCUGUACUGGGCAUGAGUCUGUUUGAUCAGGAUGUGAACGACGUGUGGAGUUUCCAGCAUCCUCAGCUCUACGUGCCCGGCCAGCUCAACCUCUAUUUCAGCAAGACGGCCUUCUUCAAGUGUGCGCUGCACAGCGGCUACAGCUCCCUGGUGCUCUUCUUCAUCCCCUACGCCGCCAUGUACGACACGGUGAGGGACGACGGCAAGGACAUCUCCGACUAUCAGUCUUUCGCCCUCCUCACGCAGACGUGCCUCCUCAUCACCGUCUGUAUCCAGUUGGGGUUGGAGAUGUCCUACUGGACGGCGGUGAACACGUUCUUCGUGCUGGGCAGCCUGGCCAUGUACUUUGCCGUCACCUUCACCAUGUACAGCAACGGCAUGUUCCUUCUCUUGCCCUCCUCCUUCCCUUUCAUAGGAACAGCCAGGAACUCUCUGAACCAGCCCAACGUGUGGCUGACCAUCCUCCUCACCUCCAUCCUGUGUGUCCUUCCUGUCAUUACCUGGCGCUUCCUGUUGAUUCAGCUCUGGCCCACCAUCAACGAUAAGGUGAUGUUCAAGGUGAGGCAGGCCAAAGCAGCGCCUCCUCCUCCGACUCGACGCGCCCGCAUCCGCCGCACCAGCUCCCGGCGUUCAGGCUACGCCUUCUCACAUGCUCAGGGCUACGGGGACCUGGUGACAUCAGGCCGGUUCCUGCGCCGUCCCGCCGUGCCGAGGUCCUCGGGUUUCGCCCACACGGGACGCACCACCACGGGCUUCAGCCCCAUGGGACGCUCAGCCGGAUACAGUCCCACGGGACGCCCGCAGAACAUCAAGGCCCAGAACGUGGAGGUGACUUCGCUGCAGAUGUACAGGACGGUCCAAAAUCCGCCCUUGUGACGGGCCGUGGCCGACACGAGGAGGAAUCAGAAGACCCAGCAGAGAUGAUGCGGGAGAAAGAACGACGACCUGGCGCUCAAACGUCCCAGGCAGUCAGAUGACGCACUGCUGCCUCGUCCUUGCCAUGAAAAACUUGCUUGGGCUUUCCAGGAACACAAACGUAAAAAUCACUCAAUCUCUCAUCUGUCCAAUCUGUCGAGACAAAUUUGAGAAGGGCUUGGCUUUUGCUCAGUUUUUUAAAAAAAAAUAAAAGCAAUUUCCACACAGCUUGUAGCAACUUCUGAUGAGUACAUGGACCACGUUGUGUUCAGCGAGCAACAACACCAACCUCUUCAUGGACGGCUAUCCGUGAUGUCAUGGAUUAAAUGAGCUGUGAUUGGGCUCUAACACAAACUAAACUGAUCAUGGAUCACUAAUGAUGCUAAAGACAUUCAUUACAGAAUGUUGACAGGUUUAUUCAUUUCUUGAUGAGACCUAAAUAUGACAAAGUGAUGAUUUUUUGUAUUGAACAAACGCCUUCGGGUGUUGAUGGAGGAAGAUCAUGUCACCAUGUUUACAGACGACCUGAGGUCUCUCAGACACCCUGGACCCUGGGAGUCCAGAUUCAUCGCCGGGCUUUGAGUGCAGAGGACUGCCAGCGAAGCCACGUCACACAAAACAGUUUCAUUUCUCUCCUUUAAGUGUCUGAUUUCAAAUAUUUUAUAAUUUUCUUUAAAGCUGCACCGUGCAACUUAGCACUUUGCCCCACGUGGCAGCAGGACGUAACCGAACUUU